CGCAGGCUGUGGCAGCCCCAAGAUGGCGGCGGCUCCGGCAGGGAGCGCGGCCGAUGCCCAGGCGCGGUUCGGCCGCUCGGUGAAGGGGCUGCUGAUCGACAGGGUGACCGGCUGCGGCACCGACGUGAUCGCCCUCACCAAGCAGGUGCUGAAAGGCUCGCGGAGCUCCGAGCUCCUGGGUCAUGCUGCUAGAAACAUGGUGAUGCAAGAAGAUGCCAUCCUGCACUCGGAAGAUAGUCUAAGGAAGAUGGCGAUCAUAACCACUCAUCUCCAGUACCAACAAGAAGCUAUUCAGAAGAACGUCGAGCAUUCAUCAAAUCUUCAGGACCAGCUGAGUCACCUUCUGAAAUGAAGCAGGGGAAGCGAAGUACCCAGCCCACCUAGCGGGAGCUGAUGGGACGACCUGUGUCGGUGGAGCUCCAGAGUCUCUUCCUGCUUCAGCCGUUACAUUGCAAGGCUGAGCUGUGCUGAAAGUCAGCUGUGAAAAUGCAGCGUGUAUGUUACUGAACCUGCAGGGCUCUGUAACCUACUCGUCACAAACUCUCCCCAUACUGGAGGCUAGAUCACUUGCUUGUGCUUAAUUUAAAGCAGACUUUACCAAAACCUGCCUGUGACUAACACUUUUCAUGUCCGUUUUCUUUUCUGCGCAAUGUACUGUUUGAAUAGCAGUUUCCCUCUCCCCAAGGCAUUGUGCCUGUUCAGCUAAUGAAUCAAAGGCAACGUGUGUUGUUGUUUAUAUUCAGCCCAAUGCCAAACACAUGACUGAGGUCCCAUUCAAACCUAUAUGGUUUUCCUGGGCCCUCUGCUCUAGGGUGAAUUCCCCCUUGUCUAUAAUUUCUGCUGAAUAUGGACCUGUUCUUCACAAAGUUAACCGGAGCGGUGACGGAGAUGCACUGCCCAACAGCUUGAGUUGUACAGUUCCAGCAUUCCCCACCCCCAAAGUACAGAAAGCAGGGCCAGCAUUUCCACAUGGGAACCUACAUUCACAUUUCGACACAAACCGUCAUCCUUUUUUUCCGGAGAAUUGAGCUGCCACCACUACCAGUUUGGUCAGUGGACGCUGCGUGCGCUCAACAUCUUUGGAAAUCAGUUGCUUAAAUAUGGCUUUAGGUACCUAAUUUGGGCCAGAAUUUUCAAACCCAGGUGCGUAGGUACAUACAGCAUGUGAUGACGUGCCUGGUCCUUUGUCACGGGAGUGUCAUGAGUGUCAUUAGCACUGGGCUGUUCCUUAGUUUCUGUGUAUAUUGUAAAGCAGGGGGGUUGGAAUGUUAUCUCUCUUGCCAGUACAUCUGCUGUCUGUUUUGGCCUUGAACUGCAUUCCUCCUAUUUCAUUGCUGUUAUGGUUCUUGAUUAAGCAGCCUUGGAUUCAUUAUGUAACCGUGUACAGAAUCAGUAAACUAUUCAGAUAUACAGCUGUGAGGUACUAACAGUGUGUUUAAAGGAUGCCCUCAAUGGGCCUGCUUCCAUUAAAGUCAGUGGCAAAGCUCCCAUUGACUUUAAUUUGGGCCCAAGACAAAUACGCUGUAUGGUGGUUGCUGGGUUUUUUGUAAGUUGCUUUCCCAUGUCACUAAUAGCCUCUCCACUUACUCAUAGGAGAAGCACUUUAUUCACUGAGUGUGCUUUUCAUCACUUUUUAAAAUUGCAUGCAGCUUGAUCCGUGAGAUUAGAUGAAAUAUUUCUAUCUGAUGAGGUUUCUAUAGAGAGAGACAAGACCUACUUCUAGGGGCGAACGAGACAAGCUUUCGAGCUAUGCAGACAGGGUGAUGGAACAGUUUGUAGAGUGGGGGAGCUGAGAGCCAUUGAACCCAACUGUAAACCCUGUACAUCAUGGAAACCACUUCAUGCCAGGGGGUGCUGCACCCCUCGUUCCAGCACCUGUGUAUGCAGAGCUUUCCUUUGGGUCUGUUUCAAAAGUCCGUUUCACUUGUGAGUCUCCUGCCCAAUGCAGUGCAGGGAGGUUGGGCUUUCCACAUGGCAGAGGAAGGGUUAAAAAACACAGGUGCUGUUUUGAGUUAUUUAUUGUUUUUAAUUCUGAGAAGAUUUCUAUUCCUAGUUAGAUAUUUUCAUCUCUUUUUUAAUACAAAGCCUAUAGUGAGGGUGUCAUUACGGUACAGCGCUGUAGCUAACUGCUGAGGGGGACUAGUCCAGAGGAUACCGGCAGAUCCAAUGGCCCGAAUAGGUUGACAGUUGGUGCUAUAUCUUGUGUUUUGCUUGCCCCUUCUGCACAUGGGGUGUUAGGUUAAUUGUUAAGAAAAGCCCCUAGAGGAAUUUAAAAAGAGCUGGUUUUUAUGCAGUUGCACCAGCAGGCAUAUUCCGAUUUGUUUCAGGGCAUCACCUGCAUCCGGCUGUCUCUUGCAUGGUAUUGAUUGACGCACACUUGACCAAUGGAAACCAUAAUUAGAAUAAACUGAUUGGCUAAUCAGUGCUCCUGAGCAGGAUGCUUUCCUAGCAGCUACUGAGAGCAGAUUAAUCUUUCCUUGGGCCUCUGACACACCACAGUCCAUUCAGCAUUCUGCCCUUGGACACACCAGUUAACGCCAGUGGCCUACCUGGGACUUGUGCAUGCAGAUCGGAGAGCAGAACUGAGCUCCAAGUCCCUAGAAGUGCUGACACCUGCUUUGUAAAAACAAAAUUUAUCUUGACUCGUACUAAAACUGCAACAGCUGCUGCCCUGAAAUUCCAGACCCUAGGCAGGCUAGUUAUUGAAUGUGCAGGUCAAGGACUUUCCUUCACCAGUUUCCCCCUGCGGUGUUUCUCCCCAUAUCCUGUAGGUCUGUCAUCUCAAGAUGAACCCCUGCAGCAUUGCUUUGUUGGGUGAGAAGGGCUGGACCAGUCCAGCUUUUCCUGGUACAUGUGUGACAGUCAGGAUCCAGACACCCCAUGGGGAGAACAGAAGGUUUAAACCCCAAACAUGAGCAGUUGAACCAACUGAUUGCACAUUGUACUAUAAAAGUGUAUCAGGGAAGGUCGUUUAUGAAAGCAGGUUAUUCUCUGCACUUGAUGGUCAUUAUGAGAUAUGUAUACAGAUUGGUUAUUCAUUUAUAUAUCUGUGUAUAUAGAAAACUGUGCUCGUAAACUUCAGCUCCACUUCACAGCAGAGCAGUAAGGCUGGGAGGAGCAUCUCCCAAGACUACACUUACAAACAUACAGUGGCCCAGCUGUACCGAUACAGCUGGGCUUCUGUAAGAGCACUCGUGGGGCUGCGCUAUGCCGAUGGGGGAGAGCUCUUCCAUCAAUGUCAUAAAACCAGCUCAAUGAGCGGUGGUAACUCUGUCGGCGAGAGAGUGUCUCCUGCUGCCAUAGCGCUGUGCACAUGAGCGCUUACGCCGGCAAAACUUAUGUCGCUGGUGUAGACAUGGCCUGACUUCGGGUACCCAUCUGUUGCCUAUCCCAGGAAAUGGCGGAUCAUUAAAGUUAAUGGAAAGACAUUAAGACAUCCCGGCUAGAGUUUCUUCCAUUCUGAAUAAUCAUGAGUAAGGCUGUAUGUCUGUCAUGGAUUCCGUGACUUUCUGUGACCUCUGCAGCGGCCGGUGUGGCUGGCUCCGGGGCUGCCUGAACAGCUCGGGCAGCCCUGGGACAGCAGCAGUUUGGGUGUGGGAAGGUGCUGGGGUAGCGGGGUGGGGUGCAGGGCGAUGCUUACCUCUGCGGGGGGGCUCCCCAGAAGCGGCCAUCAUGUCUCUGCAGCUCCUAGGCGGAGGGGCCAGGGGGCUCUGUGUGCUGCCCCUGCCUGCAGGUACCGCCCCUGCAGUUCCCAUUGGCUGCAUUUCCCGGCCAAUGGGAGCUGUGGAACCUGCGCUUGUGGUGGGGGCACUGCACGGAGCCCCCGAUGCCUUUGCUCCCCCUAGGAGGUGCAGAGGCAUGCUGGCUGCUUCUGGGGAGCUGCGUGGAGCUGGGUAGAGAGCCUGCCAGCCCCGCCAAGCCGUCCGUCCCCCCACCCCCAGGACCAGUGGGAGUCCUAGGCCUUGUGCUGCCGCCCGCCCCCCCAUAUCAGCAGUGGUCCUGGGUUGUGUGCCGCCACCUGCCUCCCCCCAGCACCCGCAGCGCCCCUGGACCACCCCAGCAGAGCACCCGCAGCCCCUUGGCCCAAGUUUUAGUCAGGGGUGUAUAGUACAAGUCAUGGACAGGUUAUGGGCCGUGAAUUUUUGUUUACUGCCUGUGACCUGUCCAUGACUUUUACUAAAAAUACUCAUGACUAAAACGUAGCCUUAACCAUGAGUCACGGUGCCAGGAGAGACAAAAAAAUGGGGGAAGGGAAAGGAAGACUUGAAACUGAAGUCUUCCAGAAACUGAGGGACAGGCUGUAGGCGGGAUGCGCUCUGUGAAAUGGUGGAUCCUCUAUAUAGUUAGGGGGUAUGCUGGGAUCCUUCAAAGGCAAUAGAUAGUUUGUAUGAGAAAAGGGAUUUUAUCUACAAUGGAAGCGUAAAGCCUGAAGUUUCCUCUUCAUGUUUAUUUGCUGUAUAACUUGUACAUGUUUGCUUCCCUUACUAUUUUGUCAUUGAGUUUGUGGUUAUUCUAUUAAAUGAACUUUUUGUUUAUUUUUUACCCCCAA